AUGCCUUUUGCACAUACCCCCAUAGCUUUAGCGCCACUGCUAUGCACAGACUUUGUCAAUUUCAUCCUACGCCAUCACACGUCGCCGACGACUCUCAUCAUCUGCUCCAGUCGCGAAGCUUUCCUCCAGGAAAUACAAGCUUGUAUCGACUACACUCAUCCACGAGAUCCCUCGACAGAUUCAAGCAAUGAGCCUUCAUUUGACGCAAGCCAUGCGGCUCUACACCCUCUCUUAGUCCCAACAAUCCAUCUCAUAGCCAAGUCAAGGUCUGUCAAUCUAGCAUUCACGCCUACAUUGCCUCAUCUACGAGCAUAUUUGGCAACAUGCAUUUCAAGCCCCGGGUCUCCAUCAACUGCUUCCACUUUUGCCAAGCCAGGGUCCCAGUAUCCUAUGCUGGCAGUCUGGGGCUUGGCCACUCUUCACCGCUCAACUGCCGAGCACUCUGCACAGGGCUUGUCCCGCUCUCUUGGAGCGGCUGUUGAGACAGCGAAGCUUAACGGGCAGAGACUGGUGCUGGCGGAGUCGACAGCAUUGAGUGGGGAAGUUGAGUACGAGAGUGUUGACAGUGUAGGCAAUCCGUGGAAGGAGCAAGUGCCGCUUCUGAGUGGGAGCGUGCGAUUUGGAGGGGAGGACAGGACGUGGGCUGGAAAAACAGUGGAAGUUGAGACGGUGGUGAGAAGGUGGUGUCGGUUUGUCACGGUUGGCGAUGAAGGUUGA